UUAGUUGUCCUUCAAUGGCCUCUCUUUCUCGGAAAUCUCAACUUAUCUCCUUCAACCCCUUUCUAUAUAUUCCAUUCCAGACAUUCCACUCAAUCAAACAUUUUCCAGAUUCUACUUUCUUCCUUCUUGUUUCAUUUUUUUGUAUUACCAUCAACCAUGUCUGCGAUUCCUCCACCAGCUUCACAAAACUCAUCGUCAUCAGCUUCGGGUUUCCAUGAUUUCUUGCCCGUGAUGGCCAAGAAGCUCGGAGGGGAAGGUCUGAUCGGGGAGCUGUGCAAUGGGUUCAGCCUGUUGAUGGACGGUGAGAAAGGGGUCAUCACUUUCGAUAGCCUGAAGAAGAACUCGGCACUCUUGGGGUUACAAGACUUGACCGAUGAUGAUCUGAGGUCCAUGAUGAAAGAAGGUGAUUUCGAUGGCGAUGGUGCGCUUAACCAGAUGGAGUUUUGUGUUUUGAUGUUCAGGUUGAGCCCUGAGUUGAUGGAAGCUUCUCGGUUUUUGUUGGAGGAAGCUUUUGAGCUUGAAUUCGAGGGUUUUCAUUGAUACUUUUUGUUUCUUUCUUUCCUUGUUU